UAAGAAAACGGGGAGAAAGCACUUCGUUCAAAUGAGAGCGCACAGGCAUCCAUAUACAUGCCUGUACGUUGUCUGUACAGCUGGUAGUUUAUCUUCCUUUGCAUUUCAUGAUGACUAAGUGGAUUACACACUGUGAAAGUGGGUCGGGUACGCUUUGCACAGCCGAACAUGUAUGCAAUUCUAGAUCCAUCCAGACACAUGAAGGCAAUUACCAUUCACUAUUUAGAUACUAAUCAUGGAUGCCAGAAAAGCAAGUGGAUCAUACCUGCCUCUAAAGAACACAGCUCGGAAAAGUGUACCAGGGACUUUCAAUCGGUGUUAUUUGGAUAGUUUACCACAAACUCCUCUUCUUCCGGAUAUCAUGGAAAUCUCUCAAAAAGAUGGUGAAUUGCCUCAUACCUUACCAGAGCAACUUCAGAAAAAUUAUGAAAGAGAUAUUCAAAUGGACACAAGAGAGGCAAGGAUAGGAAACAGUCAAGAUGGUUUAAGUGGUAAUGAAAAGUGUUCUGCAGAGAAGACGGUAAAGGGAAAGAAUCUUGCAGUGAAAACCUCCAAAUCUGUAGUGCAUGUGAAAAGUUCCAUUGUGUCAAACAUUGUGUCAGGAGCACAUGUUGGUAAAAAUUCCGGCUUGCAGUCCACUGUGUCAGCUGUGAAAGACUGUUUGAGGGCUGACAAGGAAAAUCAUCAGACAGAAAAUCAACAGUCAAAGACUGCAUUCACUCAUAAUAACACAUUUUCUCUUCCUGUUAGGCUAAAAACAAGUGAGAGAGGGAACGUAUUGAAAAACACUGCUACAAAAUCUCAAUGUGACAAGGUCUCACUACAAGGUAAUUGUAGUGGUGUUCGAAUUGACAGAAAUUCUGUUGUGCAACUGGAGAAAUUAAAAACAGGACUGAACAACUCCUCAGAUUACAGUAAUGAAAGUGGUACUCAAGUGAAUUCUGGUCUUAGCAGAACUAUGAAUGAAAUGAAUAAGAAAAAUCCUGGCAAGAAUUUAAUGGACAAAACACCCAGCCAUGGAUUACAUAGGAAUGUUUUGCACAGUAAGCAAAAACAGUGUGAUGAGAAACCAAAAGAGAGUGGUUUUCAUGAGUUCGUGAAGAAGGAUUUCCAUGAAAGUGAUCUGUCGGGUGAUACCAUUCGAAAGAAGAAAAGUAAGGGGAGCAAGGAAAUGAGCAAAACAGAGACUGCAUUAUCGAACGGAGAUAGUGGGAUGAGAACAGAACAUUCUGAAAAAAAAGAUGAGAAAGCUAAGAGAAAGAAGCGUACUAGUGAACCAGACCAAUGCAGAGAUAGCUGUGAACUCUUACCUGAUGCUAAGAGGAAAAAGCAACAUUCUGAAAGGGAAGAGAAGGAUAUUUCAUCAGAUAAUUCAGUGGGAAUAGUUCAACAAAAGUCAGUGUCAAAUGGAAAAAAAAGUGACAAAAAUAUCCAGUCUGCUGUUUUGCAGGCAAGUGAGAAAAGAAUGGAAUCUGGUGAGAUUCCUCACUGUGAUGAUCUCAUUUCCAAAAGUGCGAGUAUUGUCAUUGAAAAAGAUCACCAAAGCUUGACUGAAUCACACAAACAUGAAGCAAACUCAUCUAUGGAAGGUACUUGUAAACAUAAAGAACUAGAGUCAUCUGGUCAGCACAAAAAAGGAUCUUCAUGUACUAGUUCAUCAGAACAAGAUGUACAAGAAAAGACUAACAGGAGUAAGAAACACUCUGGGAAUGGGAAACACAAGUCAUCUGAUAAGAAAAACUCCGAGAAAGGAGAAAUGAACGAACAGCAGGCAACAUUUAGGAGGCAAGAUUUAGGAGGUACCACGAAGACCAUCAAGAGGAAAUUAGAAGUAAAUGAGUUGAAGAGUGAACAAAAACACACAUCGGAUGGCAGUGGUGCUAAAUGGAAGAAGAUGACUGGGUCACCUAGCUACAAGAGUGAUAAACCUGAGAUUGGCAGUGUAAUCAAGAAGAGGCCAGAAAUUCCAAGUCAGAAACAUGACACAGAAAAAGGCAACAUGAAAUGCAGUAAGGAGAGACAUAAGUCAGUCACUGAGUCAGUGAGCAGCGAGGAAGAGGUACCUCGGACAAAUGGUAUAAGUUCAUCCAAGGCCAAAAAGGAAUCUAGUGAAUCAACCAUUCGUAGUAAAAUGUCCACUGAAGUCAAAAGGCAAAAACACCUGAGUGAAUCAAACAUUCGGCAAGUUGAUUCAUUGGAGAUCUCAAAGGAAAUGAGUACAGAAAACAUGUCAAAGACGGAACCAAAUUCCUCUAUCAACACAAAGCCUGGCAAGCAGAAACAGGAGAGUAAAUGUGGGGAAACUACAUCUACUACCAAGCGAAAAAUGUACUCGAGCGCUCCUCAUACCAAAAAACUGGAUUCAGCAGGCAAGUCUAAUGCAGAAGAUACUUCUAAAGAAAAGAGGAUAAAUCAUUCAAUAGAAUCUGGAGAUACUCAAGGGACCAAGAAGAUAAAUCACAGAAGAAAAUGUUCAGAUGAGACAGGGACCAAGAGAGUAGAUAAACAGAGGGUAUCUACAGAUGAGACAAGAGACAGAUGGAUAGGUAACGGAACUGAAUCUCAAGAUAUGCCAGGAGCAAAAACCAAAGAUCAUAGAAAUGAAUCUCAAGGUAAGCCAGGAACCAUGAAGAUAGAUCUUAGAAGUGAAUGUCAAGAUAUGCCGGGAACCAAGAGGAUAGAUCAAAGAAAUAAAUCUCAAGAUAUGUCAAGAACCAAAAGGACAGAUCAUAGAUGUGAAUCUCGCAGUACUUCUGGGACUAAGAGGAUAGAUCAUAGAAUUGAAUCUCAAGAUAUGCCAGGAACCAAGAGGAUAGAUCAUAGGAGUGAAUCUCAAUAUACUCCAGGAACCAAGAGGAUAGCUCAUAGGAGUGAAUCUCAAUAUACUCCAGGAACCAAGAGGAUUGAUCAUAGGAGUGAAUCUCAAUAUACUCCAGGAACCAAGAGGAUUGAUCAUAGGAGUGAAUCUCAAUAUACUCUAGGAACCAAGAGGAUAGAUCAUAGGAGUGAAUCUCAAUAUACUCCAGGAACCAAGAGGAUAGAUCAUGGGAGUGAAUCUCAAUAUACUCCAGGAACCAAGAGGAUAGAUCAUAGGAGUGAAUCUCAAUAUACUCCAGGAACCAAGAGGAUAGAUCAUGGGAGUGAAUCUCAAUAUACUCCAGGAACCAAGAGGAUAGAUCAUGGGAGUGAAUCUCAAUAUAUUCCAGGAACCAAGAGGAUAGAUCAUGGGAGUGAAUCUCAAUAUACUCCAGGAACCAAGAAGAUAGAUCAUAGGAGUGAAUCUCAGUAUACUCCAGGAACCAAGAGGAUUGAUCAUAAUGAUGAUUCUCAAAUCAUGCCUGGAACCAAGAGGAUAAAUGAUAAAGGUGAAUCUCUAGAUACUCCAGAGACUAAGAGGAUAGAUCAUAGGAAUGAAUCUCAAGAUGUGCCGGGAAUCAAAAAGAUAGAUCAUAGAAGUGAAUCUCAAGAUAAGCCAGGAACCAAGAAGAUAGAUGAUAGGAGUGAAUCUCAAGAUGCACAUAUGACGAAGAGGAUAGAUCAUAGAAGUGAAUCUCAUGAUACACCUGGCACCAAGAGGAUGGAACAUAAAAGUGAAUCUCAAGAUACUCCAGCGACCAAUAGGACAGAUCAUAGAUGUGAAUCUCGCGAUACUCCAGGAACCAAGAGGUUAGAUCAUAGAAGUGAAUCUCAAGAUAAGCCAGGAACCAACAGGAUAGAUUUUGGGAGUGAAUCUCAAGGUACAUAUGUGACCAAGAUGAUUAAUGGUGGAAGUGAUUCCCAAGAUACCCCAGGGACCAAGACGAUACAUCAUAGAAGUGAAUCUCAAGAUACACCUGGGACCAAGAGGUUAGAUCAUAGAAGUGAAUCUCAAGAUACACCUGGGACCAAGAGGAUAGAACAUAGAAGUGAAUCUCAAAAUAAAACAAGAAACAAGGGGACACAUCACAGGGGUGAAUCUACAGCUACAAAAGGGGAAAGGAUAGAUCUUAAGAAUGAGUCACAAGCCAAACCCAGAAACAAGAGGAUAGAUGGUAGAAGUAAACCACAUAAGUCAGCAGACAAGAGGGUAAAUCAUAAGAGUGAAUCUCAGACAUGCAGAGAAGGGUCUGGAUUAUUAGAUUCCUCCAAGACAGCUAAGCAGAAAGGAAGAAGCCAGAAAGGCAUCCAGGUUGAGGGAUCAACUGAUCCACCGGCUAAAGGAAUGACUUCAUCAAAAGGUACAUGUAAAAGCCAAAACUCAUGGAAGCGUAUGAGUGAAACUAACACCACGGAACUUCCCUCAUCAGAUUGUCGUAUGGACAUUGUAAAGGAAAAGGGCAAUCCCAAGUCAUCUAACCGGAGACCUGGUUUGUUUCAAAACCAUAUAAACUUUACAAAGAAUUUAUAUGAAAGGAAAAGCCAAUUGACAACUGACGCAUUGACAGAAAUUACAGGGAAAUCAGAAGGAAGUAGUUUAUCUGUGACAGAAAGUUUUGGGACUGAGGAUGAUGGUUUAAACAAUGACCAGGAGAGUGUUUUUAUGGAUACCACUUUAACAAACAAUUGUCAGAGCAAAACGCAAAGCUCAGACGUUACUGUCCUGGACCAAACUGUGGGAAGAAAUAAUAGCAACUUGUCACAUGACAAAUGUGACAGAGCGAACCAAGCACAAAACGUUCUCUCAUCAAAUAACACUGAAAUAAAUCAAAGUCUGAAGACAAUGGAUAAUGAGCAGUGGGUUAGAAAGAAAAAGUCUUCCAGUGAGAUGAAUUCAUUGAAUAAAAGCAGCAGUGAAGUUAAAAAUGGACAACCAGUUCAGGGUGGGAAACAAAGGAAGGACAUAUGUGAAGAGCAAGACCAAGUCAGUGUCGUGAUGGACUUGCAUGGAAAGGAUGAACAACUAGCCGAAAAUGGCUCAACAGUUCCUUCUGACAAGCUCAGGAUCUAUGAGAAAACAUUGCCUUCUGGUGCAACCUGGGAAGACCUGGUCCCACAGAUGACACAGAAAGGCCCUGACCAAAAAGACAAGGGACAUCCAGCUGAAAUCUGUUCAGGAGUUCAUCAUGAUAAGGUCAGCAACCUCAAAAAUCCUUCUGGUCAACCUGUGAGUACAUGGAGUAGAAGCAUCUCCCUAGACAGUGAAGUUCACACAAAACCAAGAGAGAGAAGAAGAAUGGGGUCAGCAGAUGCCUCUAAGCUAUCCCAUACUACUUUAAGAGAUAAAAUGAAGAAGAAGUAUUCUGCAUUUUGUGGAAUUCGCAAUCAGAAAGUCAAGCAAGCAAGACAUGUGACGAGGCAUAUUCCUCCUCAUGAUAAAUUAGAAGACAGCUUAGACGAGAGCUCACCUGGUAGUCCAGGUGAUAGACUGUUCAUCGCAACAGAUGAGGAAUGUGACAACAGUGUUCCAGACACACAACUAGCCUUUGGAAAUAAUGAACUUGAUCCUGUACAGAAAUCCCAUGUAAGCAAAGGUGGAGAGCAACAAUCUUCAGAUAAGUUAGCUGAAAUCUCUGCAAAUGGCAACAGCGAUAAAGAGGAUGGUAGGCAGAGCAUUCUUGUUUCCUGUUCCAAUGAAAAGAGUGGUCCUUCCAGUAGGUCGUCAUCCUCCAUACAGAACAUAGAAAAGGCACACCAAAGCAGCAAAAUGUCUCUUUUGGUAGAGCCAUGUGAUGGUCAAGCCGAGAUUCAGCAACCAAAAGUGAGGAAGCCAGAACCACUUAACCUUUUUGAGAGGUUGCUCAGUGAAGGGUUUCCUGAUGAGUAUGCAAUGCAACAAGAAGGGCUCAAGUCCCAGUCCAGUAAGACAAGAGUUGUUACUAACCCCAACACCUCCAAGGUACAGGCACAAGGGGACUUUGGUAGAAAUACUCAGCAUAAAAGGAAAAAAGUCUUGAAUAGCAGCCAAGCAAAGGAACUUUUUCCUGCACAUCAAGCAUCUGUUAGUAGUGAUGUGAAUACAUCAAGUUAUAGAUCUGAAUCCAGUGUUUCUGCUACCCCCUCAGUUAGUGAUGACAAACUCCUUGUUGCUAAUAAAGGUGGUAGUCCUGGUGAAGCAAGUCCCCAGCAACCUGGUGGAUGUCCAGAAUGUUUGCCCCCCAGUGACAAAGGGGGUAAUGUCAUGGAAUGUUCAAAGACUCAUCGCUUGUCAAGUGACUCUAAUCGCAGUAUUCAGCUUCACGAAGACAUUAUACCAAGUGAAGGCAUUGUGAAUUCGUUCACUGUAAACAACAGCACCGAUGAAGUUGUUAGUGAUACUUCAAAUAAUGCUUCAAGUUUUCCAAUGGAGGAUCUGACAAACAGUGGUGGUAAUGAUGACCAUGAAACACGUGGAGGUCAUAGUUCAGGUGAUGUCUGUGGAUCAUAUAAUUCCAGUCAAACUCAGAACUACGCAAGUUUUGCUGUUGGAAAAAGAAUGACCAAUAGCAGUCAAGAAACACAUUUAAGCACUCUGAGAGAAUUCAUUGAGGAAAACGCUAUGGGAAGAGUUAGCAAAAGAGAAGAGGAUAAUAGUAAUGAACUGCAUGUCACAAAAUUUGUGAAAAUAGAGCCUGGUAUUUGCAGUGAAUCUACCACAUCCCAUGAGCUACACACUGAAACUGGCAGAAGUGUGAGGCAAGGCAGUGAACAUCCGGACCAGGACAGAACAGGAGAGACAAGUGCAAGCAUUAGCUCUAUAGGUGCUCACUUCAACCUUCCUGUUGAGCCAGUAAUAAGAUCAGCUGAGCGGAUUGUAACUGGCAUCACAGGAAAACAGUCCCAUCAUCAAAUCUCCCCGUUCUCAAAAACCAGAUGUUGGCACAUACCACAAGCAGAAGAGCCACCUUCUGACUUCAGGUCCACAGCUGAAGGCAGCAGUUCAAAUAGAAAGACUAGUGAGCAAGUAGUACGUUUUCAUGUAGAACUUGAAUCUGAUCAACAGAGGAGUGCUGACACUGAUUGUUCAGAGCAAAGGGGCAGUACAAAUAUGUCACCAGAAAGGGGCAGUACAAAUAUGUCACCAGAAAGGGGCAGUACAAAUAUGUCACCAGAAAGGGGCAGUACAAAUAUGUCACCAGAAAGGGGCAGUACAAGUAUCUCACCAGAAAGGGGCAGUACAAGUAUCUCAGCAGAAAGGGGCAGUACAAGUAUCUCACCAGAAAGGUUCAGUACAAGUAUCUCAGCAGAAAGGGGCAGUACAAACAUGUCACCAGAAAGGGGCAGUACAAGUAUCUCACUAGAAAGGGGCAGUACAAGUAUCUCAGCAGAAAGGGGCAGUACAAAUAUGUCACCAGAAAGGGGCAGUACAAGUAUCUCACCAGAAAGGGGCAGUACAGAUAUCUCACUAGAAAGGGGCAGUAUAAAUAUCUCAGCAGAAAGGGGCAGUACAAAUAUCUCAGCAGAAAGAGGCAAUACAAAUAUCUCAGCAGAAAGAGGCAGCAACCUGCUAGGGGAGACGAACCACAGAAGUGGUCUUACACAUCCAAGAGAACCAAAUGGACAGCAUGCGCAUGAAGAAGCUGUGGAAGUAAACCCUAGGGAUCGUUGGAAGAGAACUUGUAUACCUGUUACUCACUGCAAGAUUACAACAAAGGGAACUUUGUUAACAUCAAGCGGGGUUGUCUGGCCACAGCUCUUUUUUGUUCCCGGGAACAGGUGCAUCUGUUGCAUAACAUGUUGUCAGUGGAUGAACCCCCUGGACUUUUUGCUUCAUUAUGAUAUGUUGCCACCCGGUGUAGAGAUCCAGCCACUACUUUCUUUGUCAAAGCAUGAGAUACAGCCAUAUGGAAAGCUGUCUAAAGAGCAAAAACUUCUUUGGGAUCAAUUCUGUUGUGAUUUAAAGAAUGCAAAGGAACGUUGGGCAGUGAAUAAGGAACCUGAGCCACCUGCAGCUUGGCACAUCGCACAAGCACAAGCCAAACAAACACUACCCUGUGUGGCCACUAGUGGGCAUGUACAAGUAGAGGUGCCUGGUCAGCAGUCUCCACAGGAAUGUAGGGAUGACCCAUCUACCAGACCCCAUGAUUCACUGUUUGAGGGAAGUGUAGCCUUGUGGCCUACGGAUGACCAGUUUUCCAGUGAACGCCUGCAGAACAUGUCCAGUGUAGGAAUGUCUGGUAUCACCCCCCAGGCAACCCCUCAAACCUCUGUGUCUAAGGGUCCAGUUGCCUUACAGAAACUUGUCUCUUCAAACAGGCCUGGCAUCCCACUCCAGAGACAGGCUUCAGGAACACUUUCCCGUGGUGUGUCUGCAAUACAGGAGCGUGCCCCUGCUGUCAGUGCCCAAGGUUCAGCUGAGAACAGAUCUUGCAGACUUACAUCAGCAGUAGGAACAGACCCAGCACCAUUGUACCAACAACCUGUACCAGAUCAGUUUCAAGGUUGUCAUCCCAUUGCCCAAAGACAUAAUGAGAUUCAGAUGAGAGACCUCUGCCCAGUUAGGCUGAAACAGAUGUCUUUAAGUCAGCACUCCAAUGCUGUAUGGCCAAACCCUACUCCAUCAGGCCUGAACUAUGCUGCAUCGUUUCAGACUCUUCCGCUGACUGGUCAGAACCCUGACCCAUCAUCAGAGCACCUUCCAUUGUCAUUUCAGAACCAUGGUGCAUCAUUACAGAACCUUCCAAUGUCUGGUCAGAACCCUGACAUACCAUCACAGAACCAUGCAUUGUCAAGGCGCAACCAUGUUGCAUCAUUACAGAAUCAUAUGACACAAUACAACCAUACUAGAUUAAAUAUGAACUAUACUGCAUCAUUUCCUCACCAAUAUCAUAUCACACCACUGAGAAACCAGACCUCAGUAGUUCUCGAAAAUGCUUCACAAAACCAUCCUUCUGCCCAUUCUCCAGCAGCAGAUGACCAAACACCAGUGAUGCUUCAUUCUGUGACUAACUUUGAUGCUUUGGGACAUAACCAUUCUUCAUCUGUGAGGAACAAUAUAUCUUCAUCAGCACACCAGAAUUCUUCUGUACAGGCUUGCAAUUCUGGGUCUAAGAACUGUACUUUGUCUGUUGUGAGAGAGAAUCGGAUAUCAGCUGAGCAGAGUACAGUGGCGAAUCGUGUUUUAUCAAAGCAGAAUUCUACCUCAUCACUGAGUCCCACAUCUGCUACACAGACGAAUCGAACUUCUCUGAUGCAGAAUUCUCUGUCCGCUCAACAGAAUUAUUUAGUGGAGAGUCCUACGUCACCAAUACAGAAACCCACCUCAUCAUUACAGAAACCCACCUCAUCAAUGCAGAAUGAGAUGGGAGCAGCAAAGCAUGUUUUUGAUCAAAAAAGAAGCCCAGCCCAGGGUACUGGCUCUGUUUUGUGUGCUCAGACUGUAGCUACCAGAAACACAAGCCCAGCCCAGGAUACCGGCCCUGUUUUGUGUGCUCAUACUGUAGCUGCCAGGAACAGAUGCCCAGCCCAGGAUACUGACCCUAUUUUGUGUGCUCAGACUGUAGCUGCCAGGAAGAAGAACCUAUCUGCUGACCAUGUAAUGCUGUCAUCACCAGACAACUUGUCACGGAUUCACAGACGAUUGUCUGGACAGAAUUGUGGGUCUGUACCUCAGAACAAAGCCUCAGCAAUGCAGAGUUGUUCUUCAUCUGCUGAGAAUGUGACUAUGAACAAUUAUUCAACAGGGAACCCUACUGUAAUAGAACAUAACCAAGGGUCUAAGAACUAUAAACCAAGAUCAUCCUGCGUGAUCACUAAUCCUCAACUGCUGGCAAAUGAAUCACGGACCUCUGAUAGCCCGAGAGUGCAUGGCAGGGAUACAGCGCAUAACAACGCUCAAUCAUUACUGUAUGAGUCGCCAGAAACACAGAACUCUGCAGAUACACUACGUAUUUUGAUGUGGUCACAGAGAUGUCAUAACAGAAUUUUGAGGAGCCUUUGCACAGAGAGAAAUACUCAGAAAGAAGAGAUUAAGAAGUUAAAACUUCAACUGUUGGAUGAAAUCCGAGAAAAGGACUGAGCUACAGUCUAGUGUGACAUCACUAUUAGGUAAGGUUAAUCUGUGAACUACAAACUCUUGUGUCCUCCCUUGAAGUCUUAUACUAUGGCGCAUCAAGAGCGUAUUACGCCUAAAGUAAGACGGGCCUAAGCUCUGUAGCCCUGUGUUCAAUUCUGCCUUGUGAUAGUGAUGU